UUCGAAAACUUUAUCGAACGAUUCUUGCAUUUAAAUAAUUUGAAUAUGAUGGAACAUGUAGUGAGACGUUAUGAGAAAUACAAAGAUGGUAUUUUAUUCAUGCUUAUUGUAUCUGGUUUAUGGCCAAAUUAUGAUGAACACCCGGAAAAAUUAAAGAUUAUCUUGAGCAUCUGUUCUGCUGUUACAACUGGCGGGGCUACUCUGGGUAUGGUUUACUUUUGCAUUAGCAAUUUUACGAAUGUUAAUGUUCUCACAAGAGGUUUAGGGCUGAUGAUCAGUUACUUUUCAACUUUUUUAAAAGUCAUCGUUCUAGUCUAUCAUAAAAAAAAUAUUUUAAAGCUCAGCAAAGGAGCAUCGGCACAGUUUGAGGAAGAUUUAAAAACCCCAGCUAAUCGUCCGUUUUUGUUAGCCUAUUUUCCAACUUUUUCAAAAUUUUAUUACUGCUUUAGAUAUUCGGUAGCACUUAAUAUUUUCAUGAUGGUUUUAAAACCACUGCUGGCAUUACGUCAGGGAAAAUAUAUAAGAACGUAUCCUGUGAAAAUACCUUUCGAGUAUGAAUCAGGAGGCUUAGUUCAUUGGAUUAUUUACGCCUUAGAAGUGGCUGCUGGAUACUAUUGCUGGAGCGUCACAGUUGGCGUCGAUACCUUUUUUGGAUUUUUCACACUUCACCUGGUCGGUGAGUUGCAGUUGCUCUCAUCCCGAUUCGCUGACAUGAAACCUGACAAAAACCAUCGAAAAAUCAUUAAAGAACUCGUCGACAGGCAUAAUUUAUUGAUCGAAGCUCAACGUACGGUCCAAAAAAUAUUUGGUUUGUUAUCGGUUUGGUUGGCCAUCACCUGUGCGUUCAUAAUAUGCGCGAUAAUUUUUCAAGCAACAGAGACCAAAAAUAUGACUGCCUACAAAGCUGUUUAUUUGUUGUGCUAUGCUUUUCUAAAACUAGUACAAGCCUAUAGUUAUGCUUGGUAUGGUCACAUUAUAACAGUAGAAAGCGAGAGAUGUCUGAAUGAAAUGUACAACUCAACGUGGCCGGGAUUGGGAGAUGUAAGACUAAUGAAAGAUAUACUUUUCAUGCAAUCGCAGAAACCACUCAUUUUUAAAGCUAAAUCUUGCAUGAUUGUCCAACUCGAUAUGUUUACAAAGAUAAUACACACGUCAGCUUCAUAUUUCUUUCUAUUACAAACUUUAGAUGAAGGUCAAAUAGAAAAUUUUAAGUAAAUGUGAAACUACC